GUAUCUUAAAAAGAAAAAAAAAGCCAGUGUGGGAAACAACUAGGUCAUAUGCAUUUGCUACUUAAGCAACCAUAUCAGAUCCAAAACAGCUCCCAGCCUACACCUGAACCAGUGAAAAACUGCCUCUAUACUGGUAGGAAGUUUAAAAAACAAAACAAAACAAAAACUUAAAUUUUUUUUGCAUUUAAGUAAUAAUUUAUGUUAAUGUAAAAAUUCCCCAUUUAGAUCAGUUAAUAGUUUGAACUACAUUGACAUGGAAGAGAAAACAGAAUAAUCUUAGGUGUAAGAUGACAGUUUUGGAUGGUUUUGAAACUAAGCAGAAAAAACUCCAAAGUCUGUGUUGAUAUUUGGCACUCUGUAAUCAAGGAAUAAAGUCUGAAAGGUGUGGCACCAGUAUAAAACGAGUUGUGUUCACUUCACAACUUUUUUUCCUUUGAGGGGGGCAAGUGAUUGAACUCAAGGCCUUGCACUGAGCUACGUCCCCAGCUUUUUUCUCUUCUUUGAGAGCUGGUCCUAGUAAGUGGGUAAAUUGUCCAGUCUGGGCUCCAACUCGCAAACAUUCCUGCCUCAGUCUCCCACAGUACCGGGAUUACAGGUAUGUACCAUCAUAGCUACGUAGAAAUAUAAUUUUCCAUAAGUCUAUAGAAGUUCUAGAACUAAAUUGAAAGAGUCAUCACAAACAGAAUGUUAUGAUGGUUUCCAUAACAGCAUUUACCCCUGAACACUAAAGAUUUUCCCAUGGGAAAUAUAAUAAAAAGGAGAAGCCUGGUGGCCAAUGGUGCCCGGUCUUUGGAGGAUAACCAGACCAUAAUACCGCACAUCAAGCUUUAUGAAGCCAUAAUCAAAGAAGACUGCACUGCCAUCAAGGCACUCCUUAAAAAUCACCCCGUCGACCAGCCUUUGACCAUUCCGUCCAAACAUACCGGCUACACGUUACCCUCACGCCAGCUGACACGUUCCAUCAUUCCCAUUCAUCUGGCUGUCAAAUACCGCAAUGCCCAAAGUUUGCUCUGUUUGUUACAACAUGGGGCUGACCCAGAAGUCAGGGACACACGAGGCCUUACCACUCUCGAGCUGAUGAUACUGCACUGGCCAAUCAAUUCUACCACAUGGUUAAAACCAGGUAACAGAAUCCAAAGGAUCCUGACAGAGCACGACAAUGCUGAAACAUGUCUCCGCAUCUUGUGUGCAUAUGGAGCUCAAGUUAAUGCCCACGCAGACAACAGCAACAAAAUUUCCCCCCUCCACUUGGCCGUAUCAUAUGGGACCAAUUCAGUUCUUUCCACACUGGUUCAAAAUGGUGCACAGGUCAAUGCUAUUAAUGAAGCCUGCAUGACACCCCUUCACAUGGCUGCAGAUCUACUGAGUAAGGACAUGAUAGAAACACUUAUUGCAUAUGGUGCGAAUGUGAACUAUGCGGUCUCAGCCACGGGGAAUACGGCCCUGAUGCUGGCAGUGUGCACUGCAUCCAGCAAAGCAGGCCGCCUGCUAGCAGCAGGGCUGAGCUGCAUCCAUUUGCUGUUAAUGCAUGGAGCCAAGGUCAAUGCCCAGAACUGUGAGGGUCAAACAGCUCUCCAUGAGGCAUGUUUUGGAGGUAGAGAGGCGAUAAUCAAUCUCUUGCUUGAAUUUGAGGCAAAUGUUAACAUUUUAACAAAAAAUGGGGAAUCUCCAAUUUAUAUGUACCUUCUACGCAGCUCCAAUCUCAGAGACAAGACUCUUUUUGCUAAGCUACUUUGUCGCACUUAUCCUCUGAGAUUGACCAAUAAGCAAGGAAUUCUACCUGUGGGAAUCAUGCCACAAGAAUUCUACUCCUUUAGGCAAGCCUUAAUAACCUUAUCUCGAAAACCUUUAUCUCUAGAGGACAUCUGUAAAAAAACCAUCAGAAAUCUUUGUAGCGAGAAACACAAACAUCACCUGAAGCAAUUUCUCCCAGUAAAGAUAUGGAACUCAAUAUACUGCUGUUCCGACUUAGCUUACCUAAAGUAAGACCAAGUUCCUCGGUCACAGAGACUUCAGCAAUUCGAACUGCAUUUUCUGGCUAGAGACAUACCAGAAAAUACUGAACCCGUUAUCUUUAUAUCCCAAUGUACGAA